CUGAGUGUGGAGGAGAGCCAGCCCUGGAGGUGAGCCGCUGGGCACGUUGAGGCCCGGAGGUCGCCGCAAGGAGCCCAUAGCGGUGGCCCGAGCCCACCCAGCUGUACCAUUGAGCGGGACUGAGGGGCUCGAGGUGCCCUCCCAGGGGGAGGGGCCCAGGAUCGAGACCCCGCCCUCCAAGCACGUGGCCUGGGGAAUGGGGGAGCCCUUUAAGAAGACCCGAGUGACUCACGGAGGAGGGGCAAGGGUACUCAAAGAUCUCUGUGAGACGGCGGUGCCAAGAGUCUCUGAGGAUCUGCCUUGCACCCACUCCACUCCCUUCUCCAGCCGGGACAUCCAGGUUAGAAGUUCUUCCCAGGCGAGUUCCUACCCCUCAGGUGGGAUCCUAACCCUAGGUCAGAGCCCACAGAACAGCACUUUCCUGAAAACUUUCCCAGCAGGGGAGAGUUCCCCCUCAGGGAAGACUCCUGCGCCGGGAUCUAUUCCCAGACGGAGGGACACACAGGCACUGUUGCCUGUGACACAGGCCAUGGAGCUGAGGAAUCGAGACUACCAUGUGGAGCGGCCACUGAUGAACCAGCAACAGCUGGAGGAGCUGGGGCACCGGACCUCAGCCACCAGGACCUACCAGUGGCGAACCUGGUUUCAGUGCUCCCGUGCUCGGGCCCGAGCCCUUCUGUUCCAGUACCUCCCAGUUUUGUCCUGGCUACCCCGGUAUCCCUUGCGUGAUUGGCUCCUGGGCGACCUUUUGGCUGGCCUGAGUGUGGCCAUUAUGCAGCUCCCACAGGGCCUAGCCUAUGCCCUCCUGGCUGGACUGCCCCCCGUGUUCGGCCUCUACAGCUCUUUCUAUCCUGUCUUUGUCUACUUCCUGUUUGGCACUUCCCGGCACAUCUCCGUGGGCACCUUUGCUGUCAUGUCUGUGAUGGUGGGCAGUGUGACAGAAUCCCUGGCCCCGGAUGAGAACUUCCUGCAGGGUGUGAACGCCACCGUGGAUGAGGUGGCCAGAGACCACUUCCGGGUGCAGCUGGCCUCCACGCUCAGCGUCCUGGUCGGCCUCUUCCAGGUGGGGCUGGGUCUGGUCCACUUCGGCUUCGUGGUUACCUACCUGUCGGAGCCCCUCGUCCGAGGCUAUACCACAGCUGCAUCUGUGCAGGUCUUCGUCUCGCAGCUCAAGUAUGUGUUUGGCCUCCAGCUGAGCAGCCGCUCUGGGCCGCUAUCCCUCAUCUAUACAGUGCUGGAGGUCUGCUCGCUGCUGCCUCGGAGUGUGGUCGGCACGGUGGUCACUGCGUUGGUGUCAGGGGUGGUACUAGUGCUGCUGAAGCUGCUCAGCGACAAGCUGCACCGAUACCUGCCCAUGCCGAUCCCUGGGGAGCUGCUCACGCUCAUCGGGGCCACAGGCAUCUCCUACGGCGUGGGCCUGAAGUCUAGAUUUGGGGUGGAUGUUGUGGGCGACAUCCCUGCAGGGCUGGUGCCCCCAGCGGCCCCCAGCCCCCAGCUGUUCGCCAGCCUGGUGGGAUAUGCCUUCACCAUCGCUGUGGUUGGUUUUGCCAUUGCCAUCUCUCUGGGAAAGAUCUUCGCCCUGAGGCACGGCUACCGGGUGGACAGCAACCAGGAGCUGGUGGCUCUCGGCCUCAGUAACCUCAUUGGGGGCAUCUUCCAGUGCUUCCCCGUGAGCUGCUCCAUGUCCCGCAGCCUGGUGCAGGAGGGCUCUGGAGGCAACACACAGGUGGCUGGGGCUGUCUCCUCCCUCUUCAUCCUCAUUAUCAUCGUCAAACUUGGGGAGCUCUUCAGAGAUCUGCCCAAGGCUGUGCUGGCGGCUGCCAUUAUCGUGAACUUGAAGGGUAUGUUGAAGCAGUUCACCGACAUUCCUUCCCUCUGGAAGUCAAAUCGAAUGGAUCUGCUCAUCUGGCUGGUGACCUUUGUGGCCACCAUCCUGCUGAACCUGGACUUAGGCCUGGCGAUCGCCGUCGUCUUCUCCCUGCUCCUCGUGGUCUUCCGCACGCAGCUGCCCCGCUACUCUGUCUUGGGGCAGGUGCCAGACACGGAUAUUUACCAAGAUGUGGCCGAAUACUCAGAGGCCAGGGAGGUCCCAGGUGUGAAGGUCUUCCGCUCCUCGGCCACCAUGUACUUCGCUAAUGCUGAGCUCUACAGCGAUGCGCUGAAGAAGAGGUGUGGUGUAGACGUUGACCACCUCAUCUCGAAGAAGAAGAAGUGGCUCAGGAAGCAGGAGCAGAAGCUGAAACGGAUGCAGAAGACCCCCCAGAAACAGACUGCUGCCUCUGAGGGCACUUCUGUUUCCGUCCAAGUCAACACCAACAUCAGAGACGUGGAGAGCAACAAUGUGGACGACUCCACGGCCAGGCAGGCGAGCGCAGGGAAAGAGCUAGAGGAUACAACAGCCAGCGGUCAAGAAGAUGCCAAGGCCGCAAACGGGUCCACACUGAAGGCCCUGGGCCUGCCUCAGCCACACUUCCACAGCCUCAUCCUGGACUUGGGUGCCCUCUCCUUUGUGGACACUGUGUGCAUCAAGAGCCUGAAGAACAUUUUCCGUGAUUUCCGAGAGAUCGAGGUGGAGGUGUACAUGGCCGCCUGCCACGCUCCUGUGGUCUCCCAGCUUGAGGCUGGGCACUUCUUCGAUGCAUCGAUCACUAAGCAGCAUCUCUUUGCUUCUGUCCACGAUGCUGUGCUCUUUGCCCUCCAGCACCCGAGGUCCAGCCCUGCCAGCCCUGUUUUGACAACCAAACUCUGACGAUGCCUCCGCCCUGCCUACCACUGCUCACCUCUGGAGGCUGUGACCAGGCGCUUGUGAGAAACUCCCCGCCCUGGGGCUGCCUCCAGAUGUCACCCAGGAGUCCCCUCCGUAUACACACA